AUGUUCCGUGCUGCGGCAUACAGAGUAUUAACUUUUACAGCUAGACCGCCCACGACAUCGACGAAACUUUACUACUCGACCUCGCUCUCACAGAUGGGAGCUCCGGAGGCAGGGUACAUCGAAUCUCUGAGGCAGAAACUGCAAGAGGUGACUCCAACGAGGUUCUAUUUCAAACAGGGCACGAUCAAGAUACUCUAUGCGCCAGAUGGGUUUUACAAGACACUGCUGAGCAAGAUCUCCAGCGCGAAGAGAAGGGUCUUCAUAGCGUCUUUGUACUUGGGCAAGACUGAAACAGAAUUGGUCGACUGCGUUUCCGAUGCGUUGUCUCGGAACCCAGAUUUAAAGGUUUAUUUCCUUCUGGACGGGUUGCGAGGCACGAGGGAGUACCCUCGGACGAGUUCUGCGACUCUACUAAGCACUCUCGUGGAGAAGUUUGGGGACGAGAGGGUGGAUUGCAGGUUUUACAGGACACCCGUGUUCCGCGGGUGGAAGAAGACCGUGAUCCCACGACGAUUCAAUGAGGGGUUGGGAUUGCAACAUAUGAAGAUAUAUGGUGUGGACGACGAGGUCAUCCUAUCCGGUGCGAACCUGUCGAACGACUAUUUCUCAGACAGGCAGGACAGGUAUUACAUAUUCCAAAACGGCGCGUUUGCGGAUUACCAGUUCCAACUGCACCGCACGGUAUCGUCGCUGUCCUAUCGAUUGAAGGCGAGGCGGGACCUGGAGGAGAAGUUCGAACUGGUUUGGCCCGCAUCGAACAAGGCGGUCGAGCCGCAACUGAACAAGUCCAAGUUUCUGCAGACAUCUUCUGAGAGACUGGACAAGUUCCUGCACACGACAACGCCCUCGGAGACGCGACACCACGAUAAGAAUGAGCUGUACCCUACGGUAGUGUACCCAAUAUCACAGUUCACGCCGUUGUUCCGGAGAAACCACGACAGAUCGACGGAACUCCCCAGCGUGGUCUCGAUGCUGUCUAUGGUGGACGAACCGGGGACGAAGAUCGACUGGACUUUCACCGCAGGGUACUUCAACAUGUUGCCCUCGAUCAAGCACCGUCUUCUGAACUCGCAGUCGUCGCACGGCACGGUGAUCACCGCGUCGCCGUACGCUAACGGGUUCUACCGGUCGAAGGGUGUGUCUCGACACCUGCCGGAUGCGUACCUACACCUGGCGCACAAGUUUGUGAGGAGUGUGGAACGACGGGGCAAGUCCGACAGCAUUGCGCUGAUGGAGUGGCGGCGGGGCACCGCGAACGAGCCUGGCGGGUGGUCCUACCAUGCGAAGGGCAUCUGGCUUGCUGGGGUCGGGGCCAAGCCCCACACCUGCACCCCCUUUGCAACGAUCAUUGGUUCCUCAAACUACACGAAGCGGGCAUACUCUCUGGACUUGGAAUCCGAUGCUAUUGUAGUGACGACAGACCCGGAGUUGAGGCGGGAGAUGCAGGGCGAGGUGCAGCACUUGUUAGAGGACACAAAGCGCGUGACACUGGACGACUUUAACAGGGAUUCGGACCGAUACGUCAGUGCUGGCGUCAAACUUGCGACGUCGAUCCUGGGGAAACGUCUGUGA